GAAAGUAAAAAGAGUGGAACUGAGGGAAGGAACUUUGAAUGCUGGCAGUAUGACUGGUAAGGGGAGAGAGUUAGCAGAUAUGAUGGAGAGAAGGAAGGCUGAUAUAUUGUGUGUGCAAGAGACUAAAUGGAAGGGGAGUGAGGCCAGGUGGAUCAGAGGUGGAUUCAAAUUGUUCUAUCAUGGUGUGGAUGGGAGGAGAAAUGUGGUGGGAGUUAUUCUAAAAGAACAUUAUGACAAGAGUGUUUUGGAGGUGAAAAGAGUGUCAGGCAGAGUAAUGAUUAUGAAGCUGGAAAUUGGAGGUGUGAUGAUGAAUGUUAAAGAUUUUUGGAGUGAGUUGGAUGAAGUGAUGAACAGUGUACCCAAGGGACAGAAAGUGGUGAUUGGAGCGGAUUUCAAUGGGCAUGUUGGUGAAGGGAACAGUGGAGACGAGGAGGUGAUGGGUAGGUAUGGUGUCAAGGAGAGGAAUGAAGAAGGUCAGAGGAUGGUGGAUUUUGCUAAAAGGAUGGACAUGGCUGUGGUGAAUACGUAUUUUAAGAAGAGGGAAGAACAUAGGGUUACGUACAAAAGUGGUGGAAGAUCCGCAUAAUUAGAUUACAUCCUAUGCAGAAGAGCUGAUCUGAAGGAGAUUAAAGACUGCAAAGUGGUGGCAGGGGAAAGUGUAGUUAAGCAGCAUAGGAUGGUGGUCUGUAGGAUGACGUUGGAAAUCGAGAAGAGGAAGAGAGUGAGGGCAGAGCCAAGGAUCAAAUGGUGGAAGUUGAAAAAGGAAGACUGCAAGGUUGAGUUUAGGGAGGAGGUGAGACAGGCACUGGGUGGCAGUGAAGAGUUACCAGACAGCUGGGAAACUACAGCAGAUGUAGUAAGGG